CUGGUGCACUGCGCCUGCGCACGCCUCCCCAAGGAGUUCGCAGCGAGGGGCGGAGCUUGGCCCCCCAGUAACUCGGUCUCCAGGGACCGGGAAUAACAGAAGCUAGCUGAGAGCGCCUGCGCGGCCGUCGGUUGAGGGGGAGGUCGGGUCUGGGAAACUAGGCCCUGGGGUUUUCCCUGAGCAGGAGCGGUGCCCGAGGGCCUCAGGCAUCAGUCCAGGCCCUGAAUGGCUGGUCUCCAGCGGUUGGCAUCACAUCUGCCUGUGGGCGUUAUGCUUCCACAUAAUACAACAGAAGCUCCAGGGCCCCACUCAGCCAAGCAAGACUCUUACGAACAAAGUGACUCUUCCCAGCAGUCCUUGAAGGGGCACCUGAGGAACAAUUUCCAGAAGCAGCUUUUGAGCAACAAAGAGUUGACUCUGGAUAAAGUCCACACUCACCCCAAAUGGAACACAAAAGCCCAGAGCUACUCCUAUCCCCACUGUACUGGAAUCAGCCACCAAGAUGCAGGAAGUGAUUUCCAGGGCCAAGGAAAUGGUUUGUUUUACUCAUCAGGCCCUCAAUCCUGGUAUCCCAAAGCCAAUAACCAGGACUUUAUCCCCUUUACAAAGAAACGAGUUGGAGUGGACCGGGCGUACCCACUGAAACCCGUGGUCCACAGGAAGUUGUGCAGUACAGGUGAGUCUGGCACUGAUGGGGACCAGAAUGUCUACCCAAGGCCCCCUGAACUGAGAGAGUUUUCAUCCAGGAACUUUGAUGUGAGGAACCAGGUCAACUUUUCUGUGGUUGAUCCUGUUCUUGCUGCCAUGCAGGCGGAGAAGGCCUUGGCAAACUUGGACAGGAUGGAGUGGGUGCAGAUCCGAAGACUAGAAGCUGCAGGGGAGAGCUUAGAGGAGGAAAUCCGAAGAAAGCAGAUUCUCCUGAGAGGAAAGCUGAAGAAGACAGAGGAGGAACUCAGAAGGAUCCAGACGCAAAAGGAGCAGGCCAAGGAAAAUGAAAACAGAGAGCUACAGAAAAUUAUAUUCCCCAGGAGCAGAGUUAAAGGUAAUAACAGCAACACCACACACAAAGCUGUCUUCUCCCCAGAAUUUGAUUUUGAGGAAGAAUUUAGUAGAGACAGGAGAGAGGAUGAAACUUGGGAACGGUCUCAACAAAAUUCGAGUCCAUUCCAGCUCUCUGAUUAUAGAAUCCAGAGACUCAAAAGGGAAAGGCUGGUAGCAAGCAAUAACAAAAUUCGAGACCGAGUCUCAGAGCCGUCGAUGGAGAAGUUCUCCCCGCCUUCAGAAACACCAGGCGGUGCUUUGCAGGGAUCUGCCAGAAAUUCCAGCCUGUCCAUGGCACCAGACUCCUCAGGUUCCAGCGGCUCCACUGAAGAGCCACAGCUGGGUGAGUGCAGCCACUGUGGGCGAAAAUUCCUCUUGUUCAGGCUGGAGAGACACUCCAACAUCUGCAGCAGGAUACAGGGUUCCAAGAGGAAAGUGUUUGACUCCUCCAGGGCCCGGGCUAAGGGCACAGAACUAGAGCAAUACUUGAACUGGAAGGGGCCAGCUUCAGCCAAGGCUGAACCUCCUCGGAAGAACAACUGGAGACAGAAGCACGAAUCUUUUAUCCAUACGCUCCGCCAGGCUCGAGAGGUCCAGCAGGUAACUGCCAAAGGUGAAAACCGUUCACACUUGCCUCCCAUCCUGCCUGCAGAAAACCCAGACUACAUUCAGUGUCCUCACUGUAGCCACCACUUUGCUCCCAAGGUGGCUGAGCAACACAUUCCCAAGUGUAAGACCAUCAAGAACCGUCCUCCACCUCCAAGGAAGCAUUAUAGUUGAGCAGACAACAAUGGAAACUUUUGGAUAGGUCAGAAAGCUCUGCUUCUCUUCAGCAGUAAAUGGGAGUAGAAUUUGAUGCAAAGCAGAGAGAAAUCAAACAGCUCCCAGAUCUGCCUGCAGAGUUAAAGUCUGUGAGGAGAGAGCCACUGUUAAGCAGCAGGAGGCAGAAGGAAGCCCCAGCUUCCCACUAAAUUACAACCUUGGGCUGGUAAGCUUUAUGUUAUUGCCCUCAGAAUUGAUGGGUGAAGACACUGAAGAGUCGUGAGCAGGCUCCAUUAAAGCUCUCUUCUUGCAUGCCUGACUUGUGGUUUGUGCUAGUGAAGUGCCUGCAUCUGGUUGUGCCUUCCUGUCACUGCAUGUAUGUUCAGAGUUCUGUUAACUCUUGCUUUUGUAGAAGCUGGAGUUAUUAGGAUGUGUUGGAGUCAGAGGGGCAUGAUCACCCAGAUGGUAACUCUUAUGAAAGAUAAUAUAAUUUUGCUGUAAGGCAUUAUUAAUGGAAAUCUAUCCUUGGUCUCCCUGGUGCAUGAUCCUGGCCAAAAACCAAUACAAGUAUGUAAGGUUAAGGCACCAAUGUCUCCUAAACCUUCCCUAUGGUGUACUGUGUAAUAAAGGAAAGAUCUUUAUGUA